AUGAAUGCUGGUAUAUUUUCAGAAUGUUUUCGAAGAAAGGCAACCAAGAAUCAAAUUGGCCCAUUAAAAUCAACAACUGAACUCGGUUGUCUUGAUUCAUCGAGAAUUUAUGUUGGUAAGCGAUUUAGCGAAGCAAGUUCUGAACUGAUCUGCAGCAUCUGUCAAAAUGUUCUCUGGAAACCUAUUGCUUGUACUACUUGUGAAAAUGCUUUUCGUACUGGAUGUAUUCAAACAUGGAUUAAUAAACAGCAGCAGUCUAAACAAGUAAUGUGUCCAUUCAAUUGCACAUUUAAAGAAAAACGAGCUCCGCCUAUAUUAAACAGUCUUUUAUCUAAGCUUCGAGUUUAUUGUGCCUACGCUUCAAACGGAUGUGAAGAAGUUCUUUCGUAUGACGCUCUUGAAGUACAUGAACAGACAUGUCAGUACGAACGAACACCAUGCCAAAUUUGUGGGACGCCUGUAUCAAAUAGAAAUACAAGUAACAAACAUGAAGCUCGUCAAUGUUUCAGCGAAAUGUACAAUCGAUAUCCCAAUCAAACUCAGGCACAAUUCAUGAAAUUGUUGGAUAUUGUUGAAACUAGUCAGCGACGUAUUCAAACACUGGAGAAAUUGCUCGGAAUUGAGUCACAGCAGAAUCAAUGA